AUGAGGGCAUCAGUCUGGUGGCUUUCCCUGCUCCCGUUGGUCGUGAAGCCUUUGGCCGCCAAAUCGGUUCCUAUUCCGCUUCACGACUUCUACAAUAACAGAGCUUUUGGUUCUUAUCCGGGAGAGGCAUCACUUGACGUCCUGGGCCAAGCAUAUCCGGCUGACCAGGUCGGAGAGAAUGGAGUUUUUACAUCAGCUUCCUCUGGUAUCGAAUACAACUUCACAGGGUACCAACCACAUUCAGCAACAGGAGACAACGUAAUUUGUUCUGGACAAACUAUCCCAGUCCCACCAUCGUCCAAGUACUUUUCGGUCUCCUUUCUCAUGGUCUCCGAUGUUCGGUCUUCAACUGUAUCUGGUAAUGUUACCUUAUUGUACCACGAUAAUACAACCUCGACAGCUGAGGUUCGGGCACACGCCUUCUGGUGGUUCCUUGCUAUCCGCCGCGGAGAAAUCACCUACCCAUAUUUCUUCACCCACAAUAGCACGAACCGCAAUGCCUCUCAUAUAUAUGAGAGACAUGCUUUGAUUGAGGCCGACAAGACUCUGAAGGGUAUCGUGUUGCCGAACACAACCAACUCCACGUCUGGCCGUCUCCAUUUGUUCUCGCUGUCGCUAUGGGAGUUGGAGUCCGGUCUUGAAGUGCAAUCCGUCCGGCCAACGCAAAAUCUAGACCCUCAAGGAAAUCAGCUGAUCGAAGUCCUCGUUAACCACGCAGGAAAGGACUGUGUUUCUCAGCUGAAAGUGUCAGUGGAGGCCAAUGGUGUUCACACCCCACAUCCAACUCUUGUCAAGCGACUAUGCCCUGGUGACCAAAAGAAGAUUCGUGUUGCUGUGAUUGGGAGAUCCCAGGGUAAUGCCACGGUAGUACUAAAUUCUAGACGCAAUCGGCCUGUGAAAGCACCUUUCAGAAAUGUGGCCAUUGGCGUUAAGGACUGGAGCCCGGAUGCAACAAGCCUUCGCCAGCACGAGGCGCCGUUGUGGUAUGAUGGAGCGAAGUUUGGUAUCUUCAUCCAUUGGGGGCCCUAUUCCGUGCCUUCCUGGGGUAACUCUACGCCAUAUGAAAGCUACGCUGAAUGGUUUUGGUGGUAUUCGACUCGCAUUGAUGAAUCUGCCCCAGCGGACCGAUCCGGAUUCAAUGCCUAUCGUCUAAAAACAUAUGGCCCCAAAUUAAGCUAUGAUGAUUUCUUCAAGAACUAUACAGCGUCCCUAUACGAUCCUAAGGAAUGGGUAGACCUAUUUGCCGACGCUGGGGCUCAAUACUUUGUAUUCACCACAAAGCAUCAUGAUGGAUUUGCCAACUUUGACACGGGCAAGACAACACACAGGUCAUCGCUUCACUAUGGACCUCGGCGCGACCUUCUUGGCGAACUUUUUGAAGCAGCUGCAAAAUAUCAGCCGCAUUUGAAAAGGGGAACGUACUUUUCUCUUCCGGAGUGGUUUAACCCAGAUUGGGGCAAAUAUGGAUUCACCCAGUUCGACAAGGUCACUUCUACCUCACAGCCCGGUAUCAUUGCGCGAAAUCCUUAUACAAAGAAGAAUGAGCCGUACACAGGCAGACUGCCCAUCGGAGAUUUUAUUCAAGACCUCAUGGUACCUCAAAUGGAGACUUUGGCAUACACCUACAAAUCUGACAUCAUGUGGUGCGAUGCCGGCGCGUCUAACGGCACUGAUAAGUUUGCUGCUAAGUGGUUCAAUUGGGCACGAAAAAACAAUCGGGAAGUUGUUAUAAAUGAUCGCUGCGGUAGUCCGUGGGCUGCUGAUUUUGACACUCCCGAGUAUGCGACAUUUAGCAUGCCUCAAGAACGAAAGUGGGAGAGUAACCAGGGCAUGGAUCCUUUCAGCUAUGGUUUCAACCGUGCUACACAAGAUGAUGAGUAUAUGAAUGCAACGACAUUGGUGCAUAACCUCGUGGAUAUCGCAAGCAAGAACGGAAACCUGCUUCUGAAUAUUGGGCCCAAGCACGAUGGCACCAUCCACCCCUCCAUGAUGAACAACUUACGGGAGGCAGGCACUUGGAUCAAGGCACAUGGUGAGGCCAUGUUCAAUACGACGUAUUGGUUCAUCACCCCAGAGGAAAAUAACCUUCGCUUCACCCAGACCAACGACGCAUUCUACCUGAUUAACCUGGGCACCCCGUCAGUGGGACGGUUGCGGGUGGAAGCGCCAAUCCCAGUCCUGCCCAGUGACCAUGUGUAUGCAGUGACUAUGACUGGAGAGCGCAAGAUUAAUUGGGGCAUCCAAAAUAACCGGCUCUGGAUUGAUGUGACAGAGGAUAUUAUUCAAGCGGACAAGUUUGCCUGGGUUUUCAAGAUACAAUACGGUUGCGCCAAAGGAUGA